ACCGAAUAAAGUAACACGGAUAUAAUUCUAACAAUGGCGUUAGUGUUCAUUCAUAAACGCCUAAGCUAGAAAGAGAGGCUGAAUCCACACAUGGUCUCUGUCCUGACAUCUAUAUUUGGUCGUGUAAUAUUUUGGAAAUACUCGUAUGUCGUGGUUUCAUUCAUACUUCGAGUAAUGUCCGUGGUAAUUUGAACAGUUUUUUACUUCUUAACCUUGCAUGUGAGAUGAUUAAACUGUGAAAAUGGCUGAAGCAUCGAGGAAAAGAUCUAGGAAGUCUAAAAUAGUACUGCGGGAUGUCGCAUUGGAUGAUGAAGACGAUAUUGAGUUGCAGUUGCCAACAAAUUCAAAAAAAGUUAUAAUAAAAAAGGAACCUAAAAAGGAAAGUGCAGCAAAGAAACCUGCACGAAAAACUAUAAAGACAAACCAAGUUGUGGACAAAAGUGUGCUCGAUAAGAUAAAAGCACCAAUUGAGACAAAUAUUGAGGAACCAACACCAAGAUUUGACAUCAACGUUGAGAUAGAGGUCGAAAAAUGUGAUGACGAAAAUUUUGACACCAAUGACGAAAACUAUGACCAAUCAACAGAGCAAAUAAAAGAUGUGGAAGAAUCUUCAAACAAAAGAGAAAUUAAAAAGGAAAUAAAAAAUAUAAUAUUGUCACGAGAAACUGUCAUUAAGGAAACAAAUAAAAUUAAAGAAACAUCAACAAAUCUAGCUGAUUCUAUACUAGAUAUUUGUGUAAGAAACUCUUUAGGUUUCUUUGAAGAACAACAGCUUACUACAUGGUAUGACAUUCAAAUUAAGCACGCGUUAACAUCCUGGGAAGACUGGCAGUCAAAAAGUUUUCACCGAGAACAUCCUCUAUUCUACAAAUGUUAUAUUUGUGCCAAAUCCUGGUGGAACCUUUCUGAAUUCCGUGACCACAUACUUGAACACACCUCCGUGAAGCUAGACAUUGAGAAAUAUACACAGCAUGAGUGUAAUAUUAUCGCUUUUAAGCCAAACAAAAGGCCGGAUGAAAUCAAAGAAUUUUUCACAGACGGCCUAUGUUACCGCUGUGGUAAAGAUUACUCCAAUCAUCAAUUAUCGGCCAGAGAUGACAAAAAUUGUUACAUGAACACCGAUUGCUUAAAACGGUUCCCUACGUGCACAGAGUUAAAACACCAUGAGUACGCUUGCAAAGUCUGCAGCAUUAAAAAUAACAGCUUCUGUUGUAAAAUUUGUACGUUAAGUUUUGGUAAAAUUGAUGAUUUGACCGGUCAUAUGGUUUUAAUGCAUUCGGUGAAGUCCGAUAGGCCUAUCGCUGCAAACUAUUCCAAGUGUAAAGAUUGUUCUGAAGUUCAUUCGUCAAGUAUGAUUCAUACAUGUGGCAAUACAGAAGCUAACACAAUGUGUCCGUACUGCUUCAAAAGCUUUUCGAACAAAUCCUUAAUUUUGGACCAUAUUAGCCGGUCAACAGUCCCUUGGCAUUGUAAAAUUUGCACUGAAGAAAUAAAAUGGAGUUGUACAAUACACGAGCAUUUAUUAACACAUACUGAUAAAUAUAUGUUUGUGAAAGUGUGCGUAAAAUGCGAAGGGAUUCAUGUUUUUCUUGAUGAUCGGGAGGCAAAACUACAUAUGAUGGAAAAACAUGGAUAUAAUGAUUUUGAUAGAAAUUUUCUUAAAAUUCCAGUACCAGUUUCUUGCAUUUACCCUGAUGAAGAGAAAUGUGAACAAGAUAAAUUAUUACCUGAAUUUUCACAAACACAAAAUCUAGGAGUGUUUAUACCCAACCCAGAAUCAGUAUUUCGUCGAGUAUCAAUACUAAAAAGGUCACAUAAGCACCAAAAAAUGGUUUUGAAGCCCCAAGAAUCGAUUUUGAAAUUAAAACCAUCGGACCAGGCUGAAAGUAUCGAUUCAAAAGCUAAUAUAUUGAUACCAGCUUUAAAUGAACAAAAUUCAGUUUUUGAAAAGCAGGAAAAAGCUACUGAAAUGGACAUAGUAAAAGUAAAAGAGGAACCUAUAGAUUCAGAUGACAGUUCAAACUUGGUCAUUAAAGAGGAACCGAUGGAUUUCGAAUACAAUGAUUACGCAAUACAAGACAAUACAACAAAUACAAUACAAGAAAGUCCAAAUGCUGACUAUGACGAAGAUAUUGUAAAAAGUGAAAAUUCCGAAUAUGAGGAUGAUAUUAUCAAAUUAAACAUUAACAUCGAAGAUAUACUUGCGAAACAAGAAUCCAGUCGAGUCUUUGCUUUUGAACCGGAUUCAAAAAUAAAAUCUGAGCCAGCAAUUGACUCUAAUAUAGAACUCGAUAAAGAUUCAAUUUUAGAACCAGAAGUAAUCAUAUCGCAAGAAGGUGAAGAACGGAAGAGGUUGUACGGUUGCUCAAAAUGUCCGUUCAAAGGGAAACAAGAAAAUUAUUUAAGACACAUAACUUUAGACUGCCUGUAUUCUACCGUUGCUAAUCGCAAAAAGUUUAUAUGUGUUAGAACCGGCCAGUUUUACAAAACAAUCAAAAAGUAUUUACUACAUUUUUUAGAACAUGGAUACGAACCUCUUUGCUGUCCGGAUUGCUCGAAACAGUUUAACACAUACAGUAAAUUAGGAUCACAUGUACUCGGUCAUGUCAAACAAAAUUUUGUACGGAUUAAGAAAAUUAGUGAACGGUUGGUUGCUGAUGCUAAACCGGAGUACCAGUGUAGGAAAUGCUUGAAGAUUGUUAUUCUUCAAGAGUAUUUCCAACAUUGGGAAUCUCAUAUUUGUGAUGCGAAGGUUCCGGAGAAGAAAGAAGUAGUGGCAGCCCCGAGACUGGUUACAGACAUGUCUGAAACGGCUAUUCAGGAAUGUAUUAAAACGUUGCAACGUAAACCAAAAGAUUGCGUCUACUGCAAACGCCGGUUCCAAAGAGUCAACGAGUGCAAAAGACAUGUUAUAGAACACCUAUUAAUGGAUGCCUACACACAGAAACAAAUCCUAGGCCUUCUCAAAUGCCAGAUCUGUCAAGCCGGGUAUCCUACACCCGAAAAAUAUAAGCAACAUAUGAGAAAUCAUGCGUCUCUCCCAGUGUAUAAAUGUGAAUUAUGUGACAGAACGUUCAGUGAUUCAAGUAACUUUACUAAGCAUAAAAAAGUGCAUAAUUUAAAAGUGAUAAUUUGUGAUUUGUGCGGCAAGAAAUUUCAGUCGAAGGCUAAAUUGGCUGUGCAUAUUGAGCAACACGAAACUACAUCACCUCUGGCAUGCGACAAAUGUGACAAAAUCUUUUAUUUCGAGUCCGGUUAUCGUCGACACAUCAAAAAUAAUCACGAAAGAAUAGGUUUUGGAUACCCCUGUGUGAUCUGCAAUCUCCGUUUCAGCUCCUUAAAAUAUAAAUGGGAUCAUAUGUGGGAAGUUCACAAAGAAAGAAAACAUAAAGCUGAUUGCCCAAUAUGUUUUAAAUCUUUUAGAAAAUAUAGCGAUGUACGCGCCCAUACUAAGCUUGUUCAUCAAACUGAAGUUUCGGUAUUACGAGUGAAAAAUGCAUCGAAGACUGUUAGUGAUAUACAGUUGAUUUUAAAUAAUUCUGAUAUUAAGAUUGGAGAGGCUGAAACUUUGGUUAUUGUUGAUGAUGAUGAUUCAUAGAUCAUAUUCAUAAUCCUCCUGUUCUUAUUCUGAUUCUAUUAGUGGUCGGCACAGCAUGUUUUCUCCUUCCAUACUCUUCUAUCUGCUGUCAUCUCACAAGUAACAUUAUUUCUAGCCGAGAUACUUAAUGAGAAUGCUGAGAUGGAUGUGUGGUGUUACAAGAAUGGAUAAAGUGAUAAAUGAUUACAUUAGAGGAAGUCUGAAAGUAGUGCCAGUUACAGAAAAGAUGAGAAGUAGAAGAUUGUCAUGGUAUGGGCAUGUAAUGAGGAGGGAUGAUACGCAUGCAACAAAGUGUGUGCUAAGUAUGAAUGUAGAUGGAUGGAGAGGAAGAGGAAGACCUAAGAAAAGAUGGAUGAAUUGCUUGAAAGAUGACAUGAAUAGGAAGGGAGCGAGUGUCAGUAUGACGAGUGACAGGGGAAAAUGGAAGAGGGUGACAUAUUGCGCCGACCCCAAAUAAAAUUGGGAACAGGGCAGGAGGAAGAAGAAGUGGGAUGCUAAAUUUACGGUUGAUUCAAGGGAAUUGAUGAUCAGAAUUAAUAGGAAUUUUAUAAGUUUCUAUAUUCUAUCUAGUGUUUUGCUUAGAGUAAAUUUUGACAUAAUUUGUUAGUAAGGCCUCGCUGUCUGCCUGUCACCAAGCUGUAUUUUAUGAACCGUGAUAUUCCACAUGAUGAUGUAUUACUGUUAUCUGUUACUGAAAACUAGAAUUAUAUAUUGUAAGGUACUCCCAUACAACAAACGUGAAUUUGUUAACCUUUUUUUAUAAAUGAGCGCUCCCGAGCUAACGCAUAGAAAGACAAUUUGCAUGUAUAUUUACACACACAAGUAUGUUUCAUCCGCGUUCAUAAGACAAAACAGAUACUAGGAUAGUUAUUUACUAUAGUUAUCGGCACGGAUAUUGAGCCCUGACCUUCACCUGCGCAGAAGCGAUUUAUUGGUUUAUUGCCUUAUGUGUACAGUGCGCAAAGCGAUCCCCACUCUUCCGCCGAGAGCUCAAUAUCCGUGCCGAUAACUAUACUUUUAGUUACUUUUACAUUGCAUGUUUUUUUUAUUAUUUUAGCUAUUUAAGCUAGUUUUGACAUUUCUAUAGGUAUUUAGAAGGUAGUUUAAGUUACGUGCCUUAAAAAUAAGAUUCAGGUCAAAUGAUAUUCAAAUUAAUUGGUGAUUAGAAAAGACAAUUAGAAAUAGGUAAUACCCCACCAUUCUAUGUUAGAUUUGUUAUAUCGGGUGUGUCGUUCACAAUCACAUUAAAUGAAAUGCGUUAAUAUACUGGUUAAUAUAUGUCGAUUAACACAAAGAAAAUAGAAAAAUACGUAAGGAUAAAAAAUGCAUUUUUCAAACAAAGUGAAUAGUAUAACAAUGUGCGAAAAUUAGAACACACCAUAAAAUAGUCAGCCAUUACAAACAACUGAAAUUCUCCCUUAAACAUUCGAUACUCCUAACUUUAUCUCUGCUUUACACAUGAUAUUGUAAAUUAUAAAAACGAAAAAUGACUCCUGUGGUUAAACCACUGAAUGGAUUUGGUUAUUUUUUUUUUACAAUUCGCCAUAGAAUAUCAUAAAGUAUAUGCGAUAUGAUUUAAUGUGAUUGUGAACGACACAGCCUGUAUAUACGACAUAAUAUUAUAAAGAGACAAAAGAGUUUGCAUGAAAGCGCUAAUCUCAGGAACCGCUAGUUCGAUUUGAAAAAUAUUUCAGCGCUAACUAGCCUAUUUAUCGAGGAAAGAUAUAGGCUAUCCAAAUUUAUAUUUUUGCAUGAGUAUUAUUAAAAUGAAUUCUUGUUAAAAAUUGUUUUUUUGCAUUAGACAUGUUGG